AUGUCACACACCAAAUUAUUAUCGCUAGUUUUCAUACAGUCCAUCAAACACCAACUCAAGUUGUCUCUGUUCUUUUCCAAGAAUCCAACUGCAUGUUUCUCUCUCUUUCUCUCUCUCUCUCUCUCUAUCUAUCUAUCUAUCUCAGUCUGUUCAUAUCUAUCUAUUUCAGUUUCUAUCUAUCUAUCUAUCUAUCUAUCUAUUUCAGUCUUUUCAUGUCUAUUUCAGUUUAUUCAUAUCUAUCUAUCUAUCUAUCUAUCUAUCUAUCUAUCUAUCUCAGUCUAUGCAUAUCUAUCUAUCUAUCUAUCUAUCUCAGUCUAUGCAUAUCUAUCUAUCUAUCUAUCUAUCUAUCUCAGUCUAUGCAUAUCUAUCUAUCUAUCUAUCUAUCUAUCUCAGUCUAUGCAUAUCUAUCUAUCUAUCUAUCUAUCUAUCUCAGUCUAUGCACAUCUAUCUAUCUAUCUAUCUAAGUCUAUGCACAUCUAUCUAUCUAUCUAUCUAAUCUAUGCACAUUCAUCUAUCUAUCUAUCUAAUCUAACAUCUAUGCAUCUAUCUAUCUAUCUAAGUCUAUGCACAUCUAUCUAUCUAUCUAUCUAUCUAUCUAUCUAUCUAUCUAUCUCAGUCUAUGCAUAUCUAUCUAUCUAUCUAUCUAUCUAUCUAUCUAGAGAGUGUUGUAUAGAAAGACGACCGACCUUCGCUAUACUAAAUUAUUGA